AUGAAUAUUUCUUUGGAUACGAUACUGUCAAAUGCACGAGAAUUAGUGUCCAGAUUACGUCGAGAUGAUGCUACAGCUGAUACAGCAGUGAAUCAAGCACAAUACGUUCAAGAAAAAAUUAUCAGUAUGAAACAGUAUGGGGAUGAUAUAGCUGAAUUGAAUGAUCUUGGAUCACAUCGUCCAAAAGCAGCAAUACUUUACAAUAUCCAGAAGGAAAAUCGUUUAAUCAAAAAGCUGCAAAAAGAAAAUGAAGAAUUAAGACAAUUGGUGAACGAACAUCGAAGUGUGCUGGAAAAAAUUAUGUUCAAAUAUCGACAACAUGUUCAGCAAUUAAUUGUGAUGGAUAAAGAAGAGGCAGUUUCAAUUGAUUUGUAUAAUACCGGAUUAGCUCAACAAGUUCAAGAUAAAUCGUCUAAAAUUCAAGAAAUGGCGUGUAUUAUGCGUAAAGCAAUUGAUAUUGAUGAUAUAAAUAUUCAUGGUCAAGAAGAACGAAUUAACGCGUUAUUAUUAGAAAAUAAAGGACUAAGAGAAAUGCUUACCGUACAUGAACAUAUACAACAAUGUAAACAAACAAUGGUGCCCAUACAACAAACGAACACUGUGGUGGAAAAAGAAUCUGUGGAGCCAACUUAG